ACUUGAGAUCUGUGGUGUAAUCCUUUUCUGACCUCUUGACAGACAAGAUGAGCCUUCCCCUCUCACGCUCUGAAGUGUUUGGGCGGCUGAGGAAAGAGCUACACGAUGAUGUGGAAUUUCACCAGUCUGAUGUUCAUAUCUUUAUCAUCAUGGGUGCUUCGGUGAGUCUCCUUUGCCCUAGCAAAGGCAUUUUUCAAGUGCAGCAUAUUUCUUGUGUUUGUAUGUUUGGUAGAGGCUGGAACAGGAUCAUCGUGGAGAAGCCUUUUGGACGUGACCUGCAGAGCUCAGAGGAGUUAACCAGUCAUCUCUCUUCUCUCUUCACUGAGGACCAGAUUUACCGUAUAGACCAUUACCUAGGCAAAGAGAUGGUCCAGAACCUCAUGGUUCUCAGGUUUGGAAACCGGAUAUUUGGCCCCAUAUGGAACCGGGACAGUGUGGCAUGUGUGGUUCUGACCUUCAAAGAGCCGUUUGGUACCCAGGGCCGGGGGGCUUGUGUUUUUUUCCCCUGUCUACUGCAGAGAGUUCCCUUCGUCCUCAGGUGUGGAAAGGCUCUGAAUGAGAGGAAGGCAGAGGUGAGGCUGCAGUUCACAGACGUUCCUGGAGACAUCUUUAGCUCUCAGUGCAGGAGGAAUGAGUUGGUGGUGCGUGUGCAGCCCAACGAGGCCAUCUACGCCAAGAUGAUGAGCAAGAAACCCGGAGUCUAUUUCAGCCCUGAGGAGACCGAGCUGGACCUGACCUACCACAGCAGAUACAGGGACGUUAAGCUGCCUGAUGCCUACGAACGUCUGAUUCUGGACGUCUUUUGUGGCAGCCAAAUGCAUUUUGUACGAAGUGAUGAGUUGAGGGAAGCCUGGAGAAUCUUCACUCCUCUUCUUCAUCAGAUAGAGAAGGAGAAGACGCCACCUGUCAAAUACAAAUACGGAAGCCGUGGUCCUGCAGAGGCUGAUGAGCUGGUACAGAAGGUGGGCUUCCGCUACGAGGGUACGUACAAAUGGGUGAACCCGCACAAACUGUGAAAGAAGAGGACGACAGAAAUGAGGAGCUUGAAGCCUUUUAAAAAAUCAGCCCAAGAUGAGUGCCUGAAAUAAGAGAAAAGGGCACUUAAGUAUUUGAAGAUGCACUCUGCAUUUAAAGAAGGACCAACAAGAUUAGCAAACUUUUUUUUCCCUUUUUUUUUUUUUGGGAUGUUAUUAAUUAUAACCAGCUCAAUAUGAUAUAUAAUGCUUUAUAGGACAUUUCUCAUUAUUUUGUUCUAUAUUUCAUUGGACUGAACAACAUUUACAAAUUUUUUUUUUGAUUAUGCACUUGAGCAUCAUUAUGAUAUUCAUACAAAUUUUAUACUGUGCUGUCAUUCCCUUUAUUUUUUAUUCUUGAAGAAAAGCACAGCUUCUGUUGUGCAUUCCUCUUUCCACAAGCAAAAGUCUUAACAUAAAAUGCUGCUCACAUUUCAGAAGUGGUAUAAAAGUAUUUUGUUGCAUUUUUUUUUUUCUUGUGGCAAGCUUGUAUAAAUCUAAAAUGAAAUGCUAUAAUUAGACCACACAAAAGAAAGAUUCCAGAAACCUACAGGGAUUAGGAUUCCAAUGCAUGCAUGUCUAUGACAUUUUACCAUGUCUUAAGGUUUCAAUUGGCUUAAUGAGCCAUGAAUAUGUUUAGUCUUAUUAAAGCAGAUGUAUUACAUUCCACAUCUCUCUGAAAAUAAUUUAAUAGAUGAGAUUUAAUGUUUGUUGCCUCAUUUGGGUAUGGUCUCUUUCUGCUCGCUAUUGCUUUUGGUUUCAGUACUAUUAUAUACACACUGAAACAGUGUCUAUAAACAACUUUGUUAGUCAAUGUAUUGUGAGGGUGAGUUUUUGACAGCUCUGAAUUUCAACAUCCUGACAGGGUGCCUAUAACAAAAGAUUUAUUUAUCAGUAGAUUUGGGGAAUAACUGCUUGUCUGGCUUUUGUAAUGCAUUUUUAAUUUCGGGUUUCUUUUUUUUUUUUGGCUGCUUCAAAAUAUAUAUUUAACUUUUCUGUAAAAGUUCUGCCCAGUGUUUUCUAUUUUAUUAUAAUAGACAACUACUUUUACAAUAAAGCGUAGUUAAGAUGCCUCACAUGUCUCAUUGCUUUUUAUUCAUCUGGUUCUUUCAUGUUCCCUUAAUGUCUUUGGCUUGUUUCAGUACAGCCAAUAUUGCAAUAAAAUGACUGAGCAAGUAGUCUUGGAAAAGUCAUGGGGAUUUCUGUUUUGAAUAUAGAUUUCUCUGACACUCCGUCAGUUUUUGUUUGUUUAUGGAGACUUUAGUACAAUUGUUUAAAUUAGUGCUGUCAAAUGAUUA